CCCUUUCUCUCUCUCUCUCUCUCUCUCUCUCUCUCUCUCUGCCGUCUAGCUUUAUUUAUUCUCUCAGAUCUAACCUGUAAACACAGCUUCUUUUCUUAUAUCCAGUUCCUCCUUGAUGAAGAUCACAAGAACCCAUCAACAUCCCUCCUCUUUCCUCCCCAUGCAUGAAGUUAUUGAAUUCAGUAUCUUUGCCUCUCCAGAAGGAAACUGAACAACCAAGCCGAUACCCAGAACUAAUUUCUCUCUCGGGUUUCCUUCUUUACUGCAGGAAGAGUUAUAAAUAUGAUGACCCCGGAGAACAUUCCAGCAAAGCCGGCCGCAAAAGACGAAAGCCAAAGCUCCGGCAGCCGAAAAACGGCAUCAGCGAGGCCACCGGAACAAGCCCUGAAGUGUCCGAGAUGCGAUUCCCCGAACACAAAAUUCUGUUAUUAUAAUAACUACAGCCUCACGCAGCCGAGGCACUUCUGCAAGACUUGCAGAAGGUACUGGACGAAGGGGGGAGCCCUGCGCAACGUUCCAAUUGGCGGCGGGUGCCGAAAGAGCAAGAAGAUGAAAUCCUCUUCAAAGGUCUCCGGCGAUUCCAAGGACUCCAGUGGAUCUUCAGAUAUCGGUGGAUUGAAGCUUUUCCAAGGCCUCUCUCCGGCCAUGGAUUUCCAGCUGGGAAGCCUCUCUUUCCCCCGGCUUCACUCUUCCACCGCCGGCGGCUACAACCAGUUUUCGUCGUUUGGGGAGAUUUCAUCUGCUCCCAGUUCAAUCCCCACCGCUUCAGCUUUCGGUAUCGAUGGAUUGGGAAACUCUAGCCCUCUAAUGGGGCUCAAUUUUACUCUACCAUCUCCUGUUCAGGAAAUGGGCUCGAUGAGUACUGCUGUUCAUGGCAAUCUUGCUUCUUCAAUUGAGUCCUUGAGUUCCAUUAACCAGGAUCUGCACUGGAAGCUGCAGCAGCAAAGGCUGGCGAUGCUGUGGGGGGGAGAAAAUCAACGAGACAGCGGCGUUCAGUCGACUAUGGCUCUCGACAACCAGGCCCCGAGGCCACAGCCUAUCAUGUUCCAGAACCUGGAAAUCUCAAAGCCGGAGGUUUGCGCAGCCGGUAAUUCAAGGAAGGACAGUGCAACCGAGUGGUUCUUCGACGGCUCUUACGCGCCGGUGAAUCCUACUCCGGCCAACAGUGCCAGCAAUGCCAACGAAAGCACAAGCAACUGGAGCGGAAUUCAAGCUUGGACCGACUUGAACCAGUACAGCGCACUGCCGUAGGUAAAGAAAAAGGAAAAAAAGGAACUUGAUAGAUGAAUACCUGCAGAUAGAGUUAUCAAGUCAAGACAGCAUCUUCGUUUUCUCUUUUGGUAAGCCAUAUAUGCAGAUCGAUCAUGGUGGCUACCAGUGCGUUCUUUUCUUUUGGGGGUGUAGAGGUCAGCGUGGAAAAAAGCUGGGAAAAGAAGGAAAGCGUUUUUCUGUUUUUUUUUUCCUUAGUUUGGCAUUAAGAUAUAUAUAAUUUGCAAGACAGUGAUGAACUGCAUUAGUAUUAGUGUUUUAUGUCUUAAUUUGUAGUUGUGGAUGUUCGUAUCUCCGUUGAUUUUGCGUUUUCCUAUAAAGUUUCAGGACUAUAUACAACUGCUUAUACAUGGAUAGAUUAUAUAUAAUCUGGGUCUGUGAGUUUCUAUA